AUGGUCCUCAGGCAGAUAAAGACGCAGUAUGAGAAGGUUUUGUCUUAUGUCGAUGAGGGCAAGAAGUCAAGCACACUCGCACUUGGUGGGAAGGGGAGCUUUGAUAAGACUGGCGGUUUCUUUAUUGAGCCGACUAUUUUCUUGGACACAGCAGAAGAUGCCAAGGUCAUGAAAGAAGAGAUCUUUGGUCCCGUCGUCAACAUCAAUGUCAUCAAGACAGAAGAAGAGGCAAUCCGCAAAGCAAAUGACACAGAGUACGGUCUGUACGCGGCAGUCUACACCAAGAACAUCGACCGAGCUAUGAGAGUUGCCAAAGAGCUCAAUUCAGGCUAUGUCGGUAUUAACUGUACCAGCCCAACUACGGCGAGGGAUUUGCCUUUUGGUGGUUACAAGUCGUCGGGCCAGGGGCGUGAAGGGUGGCUUUAUAGUAUGGAUAACUUCUUGGAAGCCAAGAGUGUCAUGAUGAAGGUUGAGGGAAACGGUUCCAAGCUGUAA